AUGGCCAACGUGACGGAUCUCCAAACAAAGUACAGCAAACUGGCUCAGGAGUAUUCCAAGCUCCGUGCCCAAAAUCAAGUGCUCAAAAAGGCGGUUGUUGAUGAACAGGCAAACUCUGCUUCAAUGAAGGAACAACUGAAGCAGAGAGACCAAACUUUGCGUAAGCAGGAGCAGGAGAUGGACAGCCUGAGCUUCAGAAACCAACAGUUGGCAAAAAGAGUGGAGCUCCUCCAGGAGGAACUGGUCACGAGUGAAGCUAAAGGCAAAAAGGGGAAGAACAAAGCAGACUCUCCAUCUCAACACGGUUUGCAGACACAGAACGUGUUUGACGAGGACCUGCAGAAGAAGAUCCAAGAGAAUGAGAGACUCCAUAUACAAUUUUAUGAAGCUGAUGAGCAGCACAAAAGACAAGAGGCUGAACUCAGGGCACGGCUGUUGGAGCUGGAGAGAGCUUCACACGAGCACCAGGCUGUUGUGGAGGGGCUCACCAGCAAAUACAUGGAAAACACAGAGAAACUGCAAAGUGACAAGGCGCGAUUAGAACUAAAAGUACAAACAUUGGAGCGAGAAGCAAAGGAGUGCAGGUUGAGGACAGAAGAAUGUCAACAGCAAUUGAGACGAUGCCAAACUGAACUUAACAGACAAGUGAAACAGAGCACUAGUGUUAUUCAGGAGAAAGUGCCCUUCAACGACACCAAAUAUAAUGACUAUAACAGCCUAAAUGUGCCUCCACACAAUCGACGGAACCAGCUAAAGGCACGGGACGUCGCAGGACAAGCCUUGAGCUUCAUUCAGGACCUGGUGGCGGCUCUGUUGAAUUUUCACUCAUACACAGAACAACGGGUCCACAUUUACCCUUUGGAUUCAUCCAUUGAACCUAUUUCUCCAAUAAAUCAGAAAUUUUCCCAGUACCUCCAUGAAAAUGCAGCCUAUGUGCGCCCCCUGGAGGAGAGUUUUCUGCAGUUGCAUCAAAGCAUAACAGAGGACUCUGUCACAGUUCUGGAAACUGUGCUCCAGCUGAAGCCCUUUGCAGACCAUUUCUCCUCCUACACAUGUUUUUUACAGAAGAUCCUUCCCUACCAGUUGAAAAGCUUCGAAGAAGAGUGUGACGCUCCUCUUUGUACUGCAGCACUGGCUGCAAAAAACCAGGAGCUACAGUGUGACAUGAAAAAAUUAGCCUCAAUAUUUGACAAAUUACAAAACUAUAUAAACCUUCUUGCCUUACCAAGUCUUGAGCAGGAUGCCCUGCCACCAAGCAGCACCUCUGCUGUUUAUACUCAACUGGCUGCUUUCCUCCACAGCCUCCAUGAUGCUGUGAAAGAGAUGUCUAAGCACUACAACCAGAAGGCAGCCUUAGAGCAGGAGCUGCCCACUGUCACUCAGAAGCUCUGCACCACAACAGAGUGCCUGGUGGGCUCUCUGAGCUCGCUCACCAUUGUCACUGGAAAGAUCGCCACAUUCUUCAGCAACAACCUUGACUUCUUCACAUCUUCAGGAUAUGGCUCAAAAGGCAGUGUCGCUCUCAACCCUUUACAAGCAGAGACGAUGUUGGCUCACAAGAAGAAGGCAGCUGCAUACAUGGAGGCCAUCAGAAAGCCACAGCCGCAGUCUGUUCCUUAUAAAGAGGCUUUGUCCAAUCGGCGGGUCCUCACCAGCUCCACGGAAAGCAGAGAAGGGCUGGCACAACAGGUGCAGCAGAGCCUGGAGAAGAUGGCUCGUCUUGAGCAGGAGAAGGAGCACUGGCUUCUGGAGGCUCAACUCGGCAAAGUGCGAUUAGAAAAAGAAAAUCAACGCAUUUCAGAGCUGGAAGCACAACUGACGGCGGCGCUCGGGGGAAAGCUGAACUCACAAACACAAAACCAUCAGGAACAAGAGAUUGGGCUGCAACCAACAGAGAAGGAGGCCACAUUAUGCACCAGCUUGGUCGGUAUGCUGUGCACGACACCUUCAGUAGAUCAUGUGGGAGACGAGGAGUCCAGAGAGCAGCUCAUAAAAACCCACUACAUGACCAGAGUUGGAGAGCUCACCACGCAGCUUCAGAUCUCCGACAGUAAAGCUGUGCACUUCCACUCAGAGUGCCGUGCUUUAGCAAAGAGAUUGGCUCUCGCUGAAAAAUCACGGGAAGCACUGGCUGAAGAAGUGAAAGUGUCCAACCAGAACGUCACGCGGUUACAGGACGAGCUGACGACCACCAAGAGGAGCUACGAGGACCAGCUGAGCAUGAUGAGUGACCACCUGUGCAGCAUGAACGAGACGCUGAGCAAACAGAGGGAGGAGAUCGACACACUCAAACUGGGCAGCAAGGCAAAUGCCAAGAAGAACAAAGGUCGCUAG